AUGUCAGCCGCAACCAAUUUUAACUUCAGUGUCAUCGUCAUUCCGUCAGCCGCCCGGCCUGUCGCUGCCAAUCUCGACUUUCCUACCCUUAAUCAAUCACUUUCCUUCGCCCUCGAGGUUUCAUCACCGUCCGACUUCCAAACCCUCUAUUCUCAAGAUUCCAAAGGCGGAAACACCUUCAAAGGCCUUUUGUAUGUCCCGGACCUCGAUCCUUCCGAUCCAUGCGAUAACCAUGACCUCGUCCCUCGGAAUAUCACUCGAAAAGCCAAUUUACCAAUGGAUGAUCUCAAACUCAUCGCAUACGCCCCGUUAAUAACCCAACAUUGCAGUCGUCAAUAUAUGUACUCCGCUGAAAAUGACAAUGUCGCAGCGUUUAUAUUUUAUGGUGUUCCGGCGAAAUAUUCGAAUCAUACCGACCCUCUUCAAGGCGAGGAGUAUCCGUUUGAAUAUCCCGUUUAUUUUCUGGACGGAGCCAUUGGACAACCGUUGAUGAAUAAGCUAUCGGAGUAUAGUGCUAAUAUGUCGGAGGUUUAUAAUGGGUUCAAUUUGACGGAGGCUGGUUAUGAUAUUCGGGAUUAUGCUAGGAUAUACACGGUCAUUUCGACGAGAAAUACAAACCCAAUGCCAGGGCUAUGGUUAUUCCUCCUCGUUGUUGUCGCCGUUCUCUUAUUUAUCAUCGGCGCCUCAUCGCUACUCAUGCACCUCUUCCAAUUCCACUAUCGACGAAGUCUACGACGACGGAUUGCGAAUGGAGAAGUAGAUUUAGAAGGCCUGGGAGUUGGAAGGAUAACCGUGCCCCGAGAGUUUCUGGCGAAGUUUCCGUUGUAUGUUUAUAUCGCUGAGAAUGGAGGACAAUCGACACCGCCUAAGCGGAAGGCUCAGAAUUCUACGGCUGCGACACGAUCGGCACCGAAAGAGGAAGGAAGGCGGAAGGAGAAAGUUAGAGUUCCUAGUGCGGUGGUGGUGAAGGAGGGUGUAUCAAUUAUGAUACCUGCCACUAUAACAACUGAGCGGAAAUCAAAGGGGAAGGAAAGGGUGAAGGAUAAAUCAAAGUCUCCGACAGCUAUCGAUACCACGACAUCACCGGAGAUGGCUGAAGUAUCAACGUCGAAAGGUUUAACGUUAGCUUCGCCAACCACACCAUCGACAAAGUCCCGUUCAUCGCCAAGGGUACAAUCUCCUUCUACAUCGAGCCCACAGCUAGGAGGAGCUCAGACACCCACGGCAUCAUCACCGCCACACCACCGUGGAUAUCACCAAACCUCCUGUCCGAUCUGUCUUGACGACUUCAUUCACCAAGAAACUACCGUCCGAGAACUACCUUGCUUGCAUAUCUUCCACCCGGAGUGUAUCGACCCAUACCUGGAAUCUCAAUCUUCGCUUUGCGUGCUGUGUAAACAGAGUUGCUUGCCGAAGGGGUAUGUGCCGAUCAGACUUACGAAUGCGAUUGUAAGACGAGAAAGGCUUUUGAGGUCAGUCAGGGAGAGGAGUAGGGAGGUUGCUGCCGCCACCGCUGCGAAUAACGGUGGUAAUAGCAACGAUGAGGGUGGAAUUCUGUGGAGAUGGAGACUUAGGAGGUUGAGAAGACAAGAGCUGGAUUUAAUGGGCCGGCAGGCAUUAGUUAGAGCUGGGAGGGGGAAUUACGGGGAGAGAGGGAGGGGAGGAGGGUUUGGAUUAGGACCGCAGUAUAGAGAGCAGAGGGUGGUGGAGGAUGUAGUCAGGCCGAGGUGGAGGGAGACUAUGGAUAGGAUAUUCCCAGGGUUUAGAUAA